AUGCAGUACGGGUUGGGGAAGGGAGAGCGACUUACACGACAGUCGAGCAAGACGGACGAGACGGGAAGCAUGUGGCUGGAUGUUCGUCCGCCUGUCGUCCGACGUGAGAAGAAGAAGAGGGAAGGGGAACGAGACAUCGACGGCCCCCUCUCUCUCUCCCUUCGAUGCGAGCGACAGGAACAAAGCGGAGGGCGCGACUCGGACCAGUGGCCGGACUUGGCGGUGCUCGUGCUCGGGGGCGAGGACGAGGGGGAGGGGAGUUGGGUUGCUGCUGUCGCUGUUGGCGAUGAUGUCGGCGCUGAUGCGACGGAGGAGAUGGAGGAGCUUGUCGAGGUGGAGUUGGGAGACCCGGGAUCGCGGGGAGGCUGCUGGUGA